GUCCAUAUGGAAGCAGAGUUUCGUCUUGUAAGGUAGUCGAGUAGCAAGUCACGAGGCGACACGUCGUAAGAUGUUCUCAAGUACCUGUGAUUACACAAAGUUAAGGUUGAAUAUCAGACUUUGUAUUCAACGACUUGAAUAUGUUCAGAAAAAGAAAUCUGAAAUAUCAAAGGGAAUUCGUCGAGAAAUCGCGGACCUUUUGAAAGAUGGAAAAGUUGACAGAGCUCGCAUUAAAGUCGAACAAAUCAUUCGUGAUGACUACUGUGUGGAAGCCAUGGACAUUAUACAGUCUUAUCUUGAGACGUUAAACGCGCGAUUUGGGCUAAUCCAGGAUGCAAAGUUGCCAGAUGCAUCUCUUGAGACACCAAUCGCGACUAUACUGUGGUCCAAAUCACGAAUUAAAAAUGAAAUUCCUGAACUAGAUAUUGUCGGUCAGCAGCUCGCCAUUAAGUUUGGUAGGAAUUACGUCCGUGAAUGCUGUGAAAAGGCAAACAUGGUCAAUCGUACCGUAAUGACAAAAUUGAAUUCUAUCGUCCCUGGGGCGAAUUUGGUUGAAAUGUACUUGGUUGAAAUCUCGAAAAGUUAUGAUGUUAAUUUCACUCCGGACACACAUGUCAUUUGCGACUCUAAUCUAAUGUUCAACGAUAACUUGAUUGAAUUCAAACCUGAUAGUUCCGUUGGGUUACCUAGUAUGCCUUCCAACUUUGGAGCAUGCAGCAUGCCAUGGGCAACUACGUCGAUGUCCGAUAAAGCUCCUUAUCCUACGGAAUUUAUUAAUGAAACUAAGAUUCCAUCAGGCAUCCCAUCAAAUGAAACAGUGCCCUCAAACACAACCAUCAUUUGGUGUUCCUCAAGUGCUUUUCAUAUUGUUCCAGCUUAAGUGUAUUAACGGUGUCCAGAUUGUCUAACUGUUAGGAAAACUGUCGAGUCGGUUACUGUGUUAAACCCGCAUAACUUAUUCUAGCUUAUGAACAGGCCAAUAUAUCUAUUCUUCUUGAGUCGCGUUUUGACCUUGUUAAUUGUUCACUUAUCAACGCUAACUUUUUAUAUGAGCGUAUGUGUAUGUGCUUAUCCAACUUAUCACAUGUCUGUAGCUUAUUGAUUAAUGCUUGAUUAAACCAAGUUGGCUCACACGUCAUUUCUCUUCGCUUCAUUCCUGUGAUUGUUCAAAUCAAUGAGUGUACAAAAUAUACAUAUUCAAAAAUCCAUUAUCAUAUUUGGCUUAUUUAAUCCGGUUAUUCACUAACACGGAUUAAGUCGAUAACUAUAUACGGGAUUGGCCACAUGUACACCUCGAUAACAGAAAUUAUCCAACUAGAGUCAGAUAUAGGGCCAUCAAAUCUGUGGUCCCGUCGAUAACAUCGUUCGAUAUUAUUGACGUCAAAAUAAAGGGUCCCACCAAAAAAAACAACUUCAAAACUCCUUGAUACGGCCGAAAGAGGGGGGAGAGUUAGCUCUCCCUCUUGAAAUGUUCUCACAUGGCCACGCUUAUACAGCCACUGCCGGGGAAGUCCUACUCACGGCGGUGCUGUUUACGGAAUUAAGAGAACGAGCAGUGAAUAUCCGGUGCUUUAACCAGGUUGGUGGACACAGAGUGUCCUUGAGAUUGUCGUACUACAUUUAGAAUCAUCCUAAUGGUCCAGAAUAUAGUAAUGAAGCAGUACCAACUGUAGGAGUGUGUUGCAACGUUUAAUGAGAUUAUUGAACGUUCAUUUCGUGCGACUCUGAAAUAUGUAUGACUACUAUAUUUUCUCAUGCUUGGACUGAUCUGUAUUGAGCGUAUCUUUUCUUACUGAUACCUUUUUUAGGCAUUUAAAAUUUUAUCCAUGAUACAUUGUCCUUUUUAUAUUUUAAAUAAUUUCCUCCCUGAAAAAUCUUAUUUUAUAUCCUGUAGCUUGUUAAUUGUCAUCCACUUUAUUAUAAACUUUGAAUGAUUUGCAUCAAAAUCGAUCACAAUAGUUCAUUUCCAUUUAUUGAUUGUCUUCCUGUAAAAGUAUCUGUUCUCUAUUCUUUAGUCACCAUGCCUCUGUUACUGAGCAUUGUUGAAAGUGUAGGAGUGGAGUAUCUUUUUUGUAAGUUUCUGCUGGUCUACAUUCCGAUAAUGAAUAUCUCAUAUAUAUUUUGUCGAUCCCAUCUUUUUAUUAUAAACCUGCGGCUUAGUGGUUGAAGCGUUUGACUUUCAACCACUAGCUCACAUGUUGGAUUCCCACUCCAUCUUCAGCUUGAGCAGUUGGGUAGCAUUAAUAGCUUUCAUACAAAAUGGUUUACAUAACCGAGUUCACUGAUCUAUACUUAGCGAGUUUCAUAAAUCAUUCUUUUUGUCAUUAUUUUAUAACUAGUUACCACUCAAUCAGGUAAUAAAUCUUAGUUUACGUCCAAUGUUUUAUACUUCAUUACUGAAUUGAUGGCUUCUAUAAGUGGAUAUUUUUUUGUUCAUAGAUUUUGUCGAAGUUCUCUUCGCCUUAGUUAUUCAAUUUUUCAAAUAUUAAUGUGCCUCUAUGACUUUUCCUAUCGAGUCAACUUCAUUCUCGGUGUAUUUCAUUUAUGAAGUUGAGUAUCAAUCAUUCAUCAUCUGCCCAUCAUUUUAAAGCACUAACUAGAUUUAACUUCUGGCCAUUUUAUUGUUUAUACAGCUAGUUGCAGUUGUUACUCUUAUAAGUUAAUAUGUAGCAUUAAUCACCCGAUGGUUCGAUCAUGCAUAUCACCAGUAGGGACUUUAAUACGCACUUAAUUAGUUCUAGGCUAAACAAGUUUGUUUCUUUAGUAGGCUAUCUAAUAUUUAUCUCAGAUUUUGUUAUCUACUAGUUCCCAUGGGCUGAUAAAACUUCAGAAAUAAUUGGAGCUAACAUCACAACAUAAUUAUAAGUUGAUAUAUAUAUAUAUAUAUAUAUAU